GAGUCUCAACUUGCUACUUCCGGUAUGGCCACGAUCGAAAAAGUUAGAAUCUUAGUUGUUGGAGAUUCAGGUGUUGGCAAAACCUCCCUUGUACAUCUAAUGGUAAACAAUGAACCCAUUGGUAACCCGUCAUGGACUAUAGGGGGCUCUGUUGAUGUCAAGCUACAUGACUAUAAGGCGGGGACCCCAGCAGAGAAGACAUUCUUCAUAGAACUAUGGGAUAUAGGAGGAUCGUCCAGUCACAGUAAUAGUCGCUUCAUCUUCUAUAAUCCUGUACAUGGUAUAAUACUGGUGCAUGAUCUUACAAACAGAAAGUCUCAUCAAAAUCUCAACAAAUGGCUCUCUGAAGUUCUCAACAAAGAUAACAAAGAUAACAAUGGCUACGAUUUUGACCCAGAACAGUUUGCAGGUAACCAGGUCCCUAUACUUGUGAUUGGCACCAAGGCAGAUAUGGUAGAGAACCUAAGGGAUCGUUCUGUCUCAAGAUCCUCUAGUAUUGCUGAAGAAUGUGGGGCUGAUGAGAUUAAUUUGGACAACAACCAAGUAAAGUAUUUAGCACCAGGGUGUGGCAAUGCAGUAAAGCUCAGCAAGUUUUUCGAUAAGGUGAUCGAAAGAAAGCAUUACAGCAACAAUAGUCGAGAAAGUCGGGAAAGUUUGACAUCUUCAAGUCAGUAUAGUGCACAGGUUGGUGAAGAUAUGUACAGUGUCCCAAGUGGCUCACAUAAUAAUCAGGACUAUUACAACUUCAAUUAACCAUAGUGGCGGCUACUAUUCCAGCUCUACUAAUCAGUUGAGGAGGCCCCAGUACUCACAGAGCAAGCAGUUCCAUUCAGAUUGAUAGGAGGAAAAAUAAACAGUGCAAUUGAAACAUUCUAAUUAAACAAAGGGACCCUAAACUGGCACUUCCUUCACUUAUAAGUGAGGGGGAAGUUUCACUUAAACAUGUUUGACUCAAAUAUUGUAAAUAAUGUAGUAUAUGGAGGACUUGUAUAUUAUGGAUGUAAAUAGAUGGAAUUAUGAAUUAAUAAUACAAAUUACAUAUUUAUUGAGGAA